UUGUCUGGCUAGUCUCGGGUGCAGUUAAGUCUAAAAAUGUCAACGAUUCCUGUAGUAAAUGUAGAUGGCAUCCAAUUCUAUCGCAAGGAUUUCCUAUGGAAUGGUCAAUUUGGUUAUGUGUAUCGUGGUACAUAUAAAGGUCGACGUGUAGCAGUCAAACGAGUUCGGAAGAGUGGAAGCGACGAAGGACAAAGCAAUCCGAAAGAAGUUGACAACGAGUUAAAAAUUCUGCAGCAGUUGGACCAUCCCAAUAUAGUAAAAUUUGUCCACUUCGCAAACGAUGUAGACUUCAAUUACUUUGCUUUGGAAUUGUGCGACGCAUCAUUGGAUCAGGUAUUCCUAAAUGAGAACGAUCCUCGGAAAUAUAAAGAAACUGCGUUACCAAAUGAUUUCGAGGUUUUCUCCCAAUUAGCCACUGGUCUCAAAUACAUUCAUUCACAGAAUGUAAUCCAUCGUGACAUCAAGCCUGAAAAUAUUCUAAUUUCUGUGAAACGUACUAACCAAAGUAAAGAGAUAACGAUCAAGUGGGCUGAUUUUGGAUUGUCACGAGCAGUGAAUGAACGAGGAACAUUCACAAUGAGUGGAAUAAGGGGGACUCAACGUUGGUUCUCUCCCGAAAUGUUGGAAAUUUUGGAGAAAAACCAAAGCAAUGAAGUAAAUAGAGGCUCCAUCAAAAGCGACGUAUACGCAGAAGGUCUCGUGUUCGGUUAUAUUCUCUUGAAAGGAAGACAUAUCUACGGAGGAAAUGAAUUAGAAAUUUUGACGAGCAUCAAGGAAAACAAUUUUGUUAAAAUGAGUAAGAUACACGAGAAGCAUUUAGCACGUAAAUUGAUAGAACAAAUGCUGAUCACGAUACCCGAAGAAAGAAUUACAGCCGAUGAAGUAGUUAAUCAACUUCAAUCAAUAAAAAUCAAACUUAUCGAAGAACAAGAAAACCUCCAUCGGCUCAGUGAAUUUCCAACAACAGAUUUUAGGAAUAAAAUCGAAUCAUUAAUGCAAUUUGGCAUCGACUUCAACAAAAUGGGUAACAAUGGAAGGAAUUUACUUCAUCUUUUGUGUCAAAAUACUUCAAGUCCAAACUUAAUCGAUUUGAUUAAACUCUUGACUGAACUCGGCAUCGACGAAAACGCAAAAACCAACGAUGGAUGGAAUGCUCUUCAUUUUCUGUGUUCUAACAAUUCAAGCCCACAUUUAAUCGAUUUGAUUAAACUCUUGACUGAACUCGGCAUCGACGAAAACGCAAAAACCAACGAUGGAUGGAAUGCUCUUCAUUUUCUGUGUUCUAACAAUUCAAGCCCACACGUAAUCGAUGCGAUUAAAAUCUUGAUCGAACUCGGCAUCGACAAGGAUACAAAAACCAACAGUGAAUCCAAUGCGCUUCAUUUUUUGUGUUCUAACAAUUCAACCCCACACAUAAUUGAUGCGAUUAAACUCUUGAUCGAACUUGGCAUCAACAAAAACGCAAAGACCAACGAUGGAUGGAAUGCGCUUCAUUUCUUGUGUUCUAACAAUUCAACCCCACACAUAAUUGAUGCGAUUAAAUUCUUGAUCGAACUCGGCAUCGACAAGGACGCAAAAACCAACGAUGAAUCCAAUGCGCUUCAUUUUUUGUGUUCUAACAAUUUAAACCCAAACCUAAUCGAUGCGAUAGAACUCUUGAUCGAACUUGGCAUCAACAAAAACGCAAAAACCAACAAUGGAUGGAAUGCACUUCAUUUUUUGUGUUCUAACAAUUCAAGCCCACACUUAAUCGAUGCGAUUAAACUCUUGAUCGAACUCGACGUCGAUAAGGACGCAAAAAUCAACAAUGGAUCCAAUGCGCUUCACCUUUUGUGUCGAUACAAUUCAAGCCCACUCUUAAUCGAUGCGAUUAAACUCUUGAUUGAAAUCGGCAUCGACAAGGACGCAAAAAUCAACAAUGGAUCUAAUGCACUUCAUCUUUUGUGUCGAUACAACUCAAGCCCACACUUAAACGAUGCGAUUAAACUCUUGAUCGGAAUCGGCAACGAAAAGGACGCAAAGGACGACGAUGGAUGGAAUGCGCUUCAUUUUUUGUGUUCUAACAAUUCAAGCCCAUACUUUACCGAUGCGAUUAAACUCUUGAUUGAAAUCGGCAUCGACAAGGAUGCAAAAAUCAACAGUGGAUCUAAUGCGCUUCAUAUUUUGUGUCGAUACAACUCAAGCCCACACUUAAUCGAUGCAAUUAAACUCUUGAUCGAAAUCGGCAACGAAAUAGACGCAAAGGACGACGAUGGAUGGAAUGCGCUUCAUUUUUUGUGUUCUAACAAUUCAAGCCCAUACUUAACCGAUGCGAUUAAACUCUUGUUCGAACUCGGCAACGACAAGGACGCAAAGGACGACAAUGGAUGGAAUGCGGUUCAUUUGUUGUGUUCUAACAAUUCAAGCCCACACUCAGUCGAUGCGAUUAAAGUCUUGAUCGAACUCGGCAUCGACAAGGACGCAAAAAUCAUCGAUGGGUCCAAUGCGCUUCAUCUUUUAUGUCGAUACAAUUCAAGCCCACACUUAAUCGAUGCGAUUGAACUCUUGAUUGCACUCGGCAUCGACAAGGAUUCAAAAACCAACGCUGGAUCCAAUGCGCUUCAUUUUUUAUGUUCUAACAAUUCAAGCCCAUACUUAAUCGAUGCGAUUAAACUCUUGAUCGAACUCGGCGUCGACAAAAACGUAAAAAACAACGCUGGAUACAAUGCGCUUCAUCUUUUGUGUCGAUACAGUUCAAGCCCACACUUAAUCGAUGCGAUUGAACUCUUGAUCGAUCUCGGCAUCUACAGAAAAGCAAAAACCAACGCUGGAUCCAAUGCGCUUCAUUUUUUGUGUUCUAACAAUUCAUGCCCACACCUAAUCGUUGCGAUUAAACUGUUGAUCGAACUCGGCAUCGACAAGGAUUCAAAAACCAACGACGGAUCUAAUGCGCUUCAUUUUUUGUGUUCGAACAAUUCAGGCUCACACUUAAUCGAUGUGAUUGAACUCUUGAUCGAGCUCGGCAUCGACAAAAACGCAAGAACCAACGCUGGAUACAAUGCGCUUCAUCUUUUGUGUCGAUACAAUUCAAGCCCACACUUAAUCGAUGCCAUUAAACUCUUGAUCGAACUCGGCAUCGACAAAAACACAAAAACCAACGCUGGAUACAGUGCGAUUCAGUUUUUGAGUUCUAACAAUUCAAACCCACACUUAAUUGUUGCGAUUGAUCGAACUCGUCAUCGAAAAAAACACAAAUACCGACGCUGUAUCCAAUGCGCUUAAUUUUUUGUGGUCUAACAAUUCAAGCCCACACCGUAUCGUUGCGAUUAAACUCAUGGUAUAUAUAGGGUGAACUUCAUGGUAACCAUAUUGAUGGAUAAGCCUAAGCAUUCUAUGGUUUGUGAUGGGCUUUCUAUCGAUUUUUCUGUGCUGAUAAUAGACCCUAGUAUUUCUAGUGUUGACCUCUUCCUGUGAACCGCUGAUUCUGCUGCUUGCCGGGAAUUGACGCUUUAGUAUGUCGUCGAGAUAAAUGACCAAACGAAGCCCAUUCUUUCUGAGGUAUGCAACCACUACUCUUAAAAGUUUUGUGAAUGCCCCAAGGUGCGGAGCUCAAACCGAAAGGAAGGACUACAAAUUCGUAGAGCAUGUCUUUCCAAAAGAAUUGCAAGAAUUUUCUUUGGCCUACAAACGCUGGCCAACAUUCAGCUGGCCAAAGUGCCUUCAUUUACUAAGGCUAUUCCAUGUUCGGUGACGAGGUUCCCGCCACCGUGCUGGAAUCGGAUUUGUCCCCGUUUUUGGGCUCUCGCACUUCAGCGACACGAGCCAUUAACAGGACAUCGACGUGGUUCCUCAACCUCCGAUGUUCAAUCAUCAGAUACACAAUAAGAGGCACUGGAAACAGAAAUCCAAUAACCCACUCAAAUGGGUACCGCUUGACGUUCUCCUUUUCUUCCCAUUGUCGGCAUAGGCCUUCGACCGCUUUUAGAUGCGAACUAGAAUCCUCCAUUAUUGGGCUCUUUAUCU